AUGAGCGUCCGAGCUCUGCUUCAGACGUUCGAGGAGAACGAUAGGAAGGCUUCCAGCCCACCUACAUCUCCUCCGCGCAGGAACUCGAAACCACCUCUACGCAUCAAUACUCCAAGUCUCAAGUCGGAGGAGGAGAUCAGGGCAAGUGCGGCUUCUCUUGCUGCUCAAGCUAGCCAAGCUGCAGCUGCCAACGCGUCUCGGCGUACAAAGUCGACGCCGAGUGCCUUAUUCACACCGAAUAGCGCACAUACGUUCGGCCGACCCAAUCUAUCGCUUGAGUCUUCUGAGGACUCCGGCCCUCAAUUGGCCUCCGCAUCCGGCCAAACGCUCGAUGCAGUAUCUGCUUCACCCUCGAAUAUCACCCCGACAUCUUCCCUUCCAACUCCACCCGAUACAGCCCAGCUCGCUUCACGCCGUGCGGAGCGCUACAAUCACGAUGAACAGCAACUCGUAGCGGCAGCCACACCCAACCUCCCCGAGUUCUCGCCCCGCACCUUGCAGAAGUUUGAGCUGGCUAGAGCGCAGAGCCUGCUCGCCGAACGAGCCGCAGCGGCGCGCGCUCGGGUCACCGAGCUGCGACAGAAGCUUUCGCGGCAUGACCUAGAUCCGGCAGAGCAUACCGCGUUGCAGCAGGAGAGGUGGAAGCAGGAGCGUUGGGCGGAUGCGGCCGAGCAGCAGCUUGCGCGCUUGAAAGAGGCGGAGACGGUGUUGAAGGAGACGCCGCCCGCAAAGACACAGCCGGAAGUCCCCGCAGUUGGUGUCUCUGUUGGCAGACCUGUGAAGACGGUCCUGGACGCGGACGCACGCCGCCGCGCCAACCUCGCCAAGUUCUUCGCUCAGUCACCGACGCAUGUUACAGCUCAUACUCGCAACAGGAGCAGAGUCAUGAUCCUGACAUCUCAUCCUGCGGGUGGCGAGCCCAAUCUGGAGCUCAAGUUGCGGGACUGGCCGAUUGGCGCCGAGCUUAGACGUCAGAGCUCUGCGAACUUGCGUCCGCGUUCACUGGAUGGCACAGAGCGCACUGGACCUCCUGCGGCUGAACGUUUGGGACAUGGCAGUGCACGCAAGAAGUCGCGUCGGGUUCCACCAGCGCUUCCGCUCGACAAAGACGCGACUUCGGGCAGUACGGUGCAGGAGUGGGUGUACAGUGCGCCUGCACAUACUGGGGUCGUUCGCUUCCCCCGCGCACCACCUGUGCACGUCGACUACACACUCGACGAGACGCCCGAUGGCAAAGCGGUGGUCUAUAACCGCACUGUGUUGCCCACACGCGAAGAGAUCCUCGCGGGUGCCAAACCUGAUACAGAACCCCUCAACAUGCCGAGCUAUGUCUCGGCAUUGCUUGACGAGUUCGACUUCGAGAUGCCCGACUUCGUUUCUGCGCUCGCGUUGCCUGAGCCUGAACCCGCACCCGCACCUGCACCCAAGCUCUCACGCGCGUCAACAGCGCGUAUCUCUACCACGCGUCCUUCGACGACACGCAUGUCAACAGCGACAUCCCAUCGCAUUUCGUCCGCCUCUCCACCAAUGCUCCCAGCACACACGCCUCUACCACUCCUCACGCUCACUCUCUCCCGCCGCGCAAGCAUCGACACGCUCGGAUCCGCCGUCCUCGUCUCGCGACCUUCGAUUGACAGCUAUCACUACCCUCAACAGCGCCAGUCGAAGUUGCGGAUCUCGCGCUCGUUCAGGUCGAGCAUGCACUUCGGCGGAUCGAGCUCCACAGUCGGCGGCGAAGGUGGCGAGGAUGGCGCGAGAGGGCCUAGGGUUCGGAAGCCGUCGUUCUUGAGGCCGAGGACAGAGUCUAGUGGAGAGGACGGCGGGAUGAUGGAUCGUGUGCGGAAGCGCGUUAGUGUGCUCGGGAAGCGGUAG